GGGAGGACUCAGCACAGCACCCCGGCGGCACGGAGGAGGACUCGGCACAGCACCCCGGCGGCACGGAGGAGGAGGACUCAGCACAGCACCCACCCGCCGCGAUGCCGACCCCGGGGUCGCUGCUCCUGCUGCUGCUGCUGCCGGCCGCGGGUGCGGACCCCGUGCUCUGCUUCGCCCGCUACGAGGAGGCGACGGGCGCCUGCGCGGGGCUGAUCGGGGGCGGGGUCAGCGAGGACGCCUGCUGCCUCAAUGCCACCUACGGCUUCCGGGAGCGCGAGGGGGGCCCCUGCCUGGCCUGCGGGUCCCCGCGCUGGUCGCCGUGGUCGCCGUGGUCCCCCUGCUCCGUCUCCUGCUCCGAGGGUUCGCGGCUGCGGCACCGGCCGGCGCUGCGUGGGGCGGGCGGGGGGCGGGCGCUGUGGGGACGGCGAGGAUGGCGCGGAGCCUCGAACCCGGGACUGGCAGCGGGAGGCCUGCGAGGAGCGGCCGUGCUGCCCAGACGAAGCUAUGACUCUAUGUUUGACUGCUUUUUAUAGUGGUGCUGGCCUGGAUGACGAUUCUCCCCGUUUGAUGAUUCUAACAACUGCAGCUGGAACAAAGUUCUUGGACCUACUGUGUAUGGAGUUCAGUUGAUCCAGGCAAACUAAAUUCACAGAUCACUGCCUUAUCCAGCCAUUAUCAGCGAUGGGAACAGAUGCAGAGACCCACAGCCACCUUUAUGUGGAGAAAGUCUAAAUGGAAGGAUUCCACCAAAUACCUCCCCUCAGAGCUCAGAGAAUCUCAUGGAAGACGGGGCAGAAAAUUUGUAAGAGUAAGAGGGGAUGGAGGACAUUUAGAAGACCCUCUGAAUCAACUAAACAAGUCUCAUAGACAGAGACUGAAGUGUCAAGCACAGGGCGUACAUGCGUUUGUGCCAGGUUCUCUCCAUACAUAUUAUAGCUACUAGAUUAGUAUUUUUAUUGGACUCCUGACUGUGGCAACAAGUGGAUCUCUAAUUAUUGUUCCUGUUCUUUGGACACUUUUCAUCCUGUUGAGUUUC